GAAAGCGGAGGUGAGGAAAGCAGAGCAAAGCAGGAAGAAAUCCAUGUUGAUUUCAGAUUUGGAAUCUAACGAUGACGCCACCGUCGCAACUUGUCACGGAGACGGCGCCUCCGACACCGUACGGCCGCCACGAAUCCAACCUCACUCGCCUUCUCCAUCGUGAUGGCAGUAAUAGUAACAACACUCUGUUGCUGUCGAAAAGCUACCCUUUCCCCCGCUCCCCCUCACCAAACCACUGCGGAUAAGCGAUUUGGGGAGGAAAAGAACGGCCUUUGGAUCGCCAAUCGCUUGCUCCCCACGCAGUCUUGCGGGGGCCGGGGACUUCUUUGAUGCGCCCGCGGCCUUUUCAUCUUGACAGGGGAGGAGGCGAUGGGGAACUGCGUCGACUCUUCGUCGCUCGUCGAGAACGGCCGCGCCCCGCGGAAUUCCCCGUAUCCUUCGAAAGCGGUUGCCGGAAGAAGUUUGUUUUCAGUUUCUUCCACUCCAAUGACAUACUCAACCCCUUCAACUCUGUCUGUGCGUUCUUAUAGCGAUAAGACGAGCAAUGGGAGUCUUCCUACACCAAGAACUGAAGGUGAAAUCUUAUCCUCGUCACAGUUGAAGGCUUUCACGUUCAAUGAUCUGAAAAAUGCCACGAGAAACUUUCGUCCGGACAGUUUACUCGGGGAAGGAGGUUUCGGUUAUGUCUACAAAGGUUGGAUCGAUGAACAAAGUUUUUCUGCUUCAAGGCCUGGAUGUGGAAUGGUUGUUGCUGUCAAGAAGCUCAAGCCUGAAAGUUUCCAGGGCCACAAGGAAUGGCUGACAGAGGUCGACUAUCUAGGUCAGCUUCACCAUCCCAAUCUGGUUAAGCUCAUUGGGUACUGUUCGGAGGGUGACAAUAAGCUUCUGGUAUAUGAAUUCAUGCCAAAAGGCAGCUUGGAAAAUCAUCUGUUCAGAAGGAGUGCUCAACCACUUUCAUGGGCAACACGAAUCAAGGUUGCAAUUGGAGCAGCCAGAGGACUCACUUUUUUGCAUGAUGCUGAAUCUCAAGUUAUAUAUCGAGAUUUUAAGGCCUCCAACAUCCUUCUUGACUCGGAGUUUAACGCAAAGCUUUCAGACUUUGGCUUGGCGAAAGCUGGACCAACUGGAGAUAAAACUCAUGUGUCGACCCAAGUCAUAGGCACUCAUGGAUAUGCAGCUCCAGAAUAUAUUGCGACAGGUAGACUUUCAGUGAAAUCCGAUGUAUACAGUUUCGGGGUUGUAUUGUUGGAGCUCUUGUCUGGUCGCCGGGCCAUCGACGAAACAAAGAUGGGUAUAGAGCAGAACCUGGUGGAAUGGGCAAUUCCCUAUUUGUGUGAUAAGCGAAAAUUAUACCGGAUAAUGGACACAAGGCUGGAAGGCCAGUAUCCAAAGAAAGGAGCCCAUGCCAUCGCCACGCUUGCAUUGCAAUGUAUCGAGCAUGAGACCAAACUCCGGCCUCGUAUGUCUGAUGCCUUAGCCUCUCUGGAGCAACUGCAAGAUCUCAAGUCUGCAGCAUUUCCUCUGCAAGCCGAUCAAUAUAAGCCCUCCAGUGUCAUCUCUAAAUCACCAAGGAGGCAUCAUCAUUAGCCACUGCACCCUGUGGCUGUUAGGUCUCGGUUGCCAUAGUAUCAGUAGUCACCACUGUUACACUGACCAAAAGAGUUCAUUUAAACUCAUGUUGUUGAGAGUGGAUCUUCGAUCACUAUGAUUAGCUAGUUUAUGUUGUGUUUUUCUUCCUGGAAGUUUAUAAAUUGUGUUCCUUACUUUGCAUCA